AUGGCCUAUAUUCAUCAAGACUCCCCUUCCGGUUCCAUUGACCCUACAACGCUCCCCCCUUUGCCACUACCUCCAGGGGUCACAUCGCGGUUUGUCGACACCAGCCCUCGCGGCCUUGUAUUUCAUAUUCUCGAAUCCCUCCCGCACAAUAUCAAUCCAUCCGGCCCCAAACCCCAACUCGUUCUCUUGCUCCACGGGUUUCCAGAAAUUGCAUAUUCAUGGCGCAAGAUCCUCCCUCUCCUUUCUGCCCAACACUUCCACGCCGUCGCAUUCGACCAGCGAGGCUAUGGGCGAACAUUCUCCCGAAGACCACUUGAAGCCUCGUCUUUCCGUCCGUUAAAUCUCAUCAGAGACACUGUAGCCCUCGUUCAGGCUCUGGGGUACACUUCCGUAUCAUGUGUCGUGGGCCAUGACUUCGGCGCGGUGACCGCGAGCAUCUGCUCCCUGGCGAGACCAGACAUGUUUAAAUGCCUCGUGCUGAUGUCUCAUCCCACGAAGGGACCUCCCCGGCUGCCAAUCUCGACAUCUCCAUCCUACGGCCAACCUUCCGCUCCUCCCUCGCCUCCUGUUGAUAUGGAAAAGGCCCUUGCCCAACUUCCUCGGCCACGAAAGCACUACAAGUGGUACUAUUGCACUCCACCCUCGAAUUCUGACAUGACCUUCCCGACCGGGGGCCCGUUGCAUACAUUCUUGCGCGGCUACUUCCAUCUCAAAUCUGCGGACCGGGACGCGAACCAACCGCAUCCACUGCAAGGCUGGAUCGCAACUGAGCUGGAGAAAAUGCCCCGCUACUACAUCAUGGAUCUGGCAGACAACAUGCGCGAAGCUGUGGCGCGGGAUAUGGUAAUGGAAGACCCACAGUUGGUUGCCUCUCGCUCGUCACGCUGGCUCCCAGACCAUGAACUGGCCGUUUACGUCGAAGAAUGGGGCCGAACGAGCUUUCAGGGGGGGCUGAACUGGUACAGAAUUCAGACGCGGCCGGACCUCGCUUCGGACAUGGAAGCGUGGUCAGGUGCAAAGAUCACGAUACCUACACUCUUUGUCUCCGGGAAGAGUGAUUGGGGUACGUACCAGGAACCGGGCGCCGUGGAGGCCAUGGAGCAGGGGAAGAGUGUCAGAGAAGGAAUGUAUAGAGGCACGGUCUUGGUCGAGGGGGCCGGGCAUUGGGUUAACCAGGAACAGCCCGAAAGGUGUGUCGAGGAGAUCCUGAAGAUGGUCGAGGAGGCUGCCUAG